ACACAUCAUUUCCCAAAAAUCAUGAUUCAUCACAACCUCAAGAAACAUUCAACAGCUCGUUGGCAUUCAAUUCCAUUUCAUUCAUCAAAAAAAAAAAGAAAAAGAAAAUGAAGAACCAGAUGCUUAAACAAGUUAUUGGAGUACCAAUCAAAGCAGCAACUUAUAGAGUUGAGAGAAGAACAUCAAGGCAAUACUUACCUGAUGCUGCUGGCCAAUACCACGUUUCAUCACAAGGGUGUACAAAAAGCAAAGGAAACUUUGUACUCAAAAGGAUGAACUUGCUAGGGAAGAAAGCCGAUAUGUUCGCCCAUGGAGUCCGAGAGCAUGUGAGACUGGGGCCAAAGAUCAGUGAAACAGUGAAGGGAAAGCUGAGUUUAGGGGCAAGGAUUCUUCAAGUAGGAGGGUUAGAGAAGAUUUUCAAGCAAUUGUUUAGUUUCAAAGAAGGGGAGAAGCUGUUGAAGGCUUGCCAAUGCUAUUUAUCAACAACAGCAGGCCCUAUUGCUGGCCUACUUUUCAUCUCAUCUGAAAAGGUUGCCUUUUGCAGUGAUAGAUCAAUCAAAGUACCUUCUGCAAAUGGAGAAUUUCUGAGAGUCCAUUACAAGGUUGUGGUUCCAGUUGAGAAAAUAAAGGGGGUGAACCAGAGUGAAAACAUGAAGAAACCAUGGCAAAAGUACAUGGAAAUUGUGACAGUGGAUGGUUUCGAUAUCUGGUUCAUGGGGUUCUUGAAUUAUCACAAAGCUUUCAAAUGUCUGCAGCAGGUACUCUCACAGAGACUGUAUGAUGUUGACACUUUCUAGGUGGCUUAACAAAUGUUUCAUGAGAUGAAACGCGGAUGAGUAAUCAGUAAAUCACUGUUACAAUUGUAAAAACAAAUUGUUGUUCUAGAUUGAAUAUACAUUAUACACCAUCCUUAAUUAAGGAUCAAAUUUAAAUUCUAUUUUAUGCCAAUUUUUACUAAAUUGGAACUGUCCAUUGUAACCUUAUUAAGAUACGUUUUAUUUACUAGUACGUUGUGUCA